GCCCUCUCUCCCUCACUCCCUCCCUCCCUCCUUCUCUCUCUCCCUCUCUCUGUCCAUCCCACAUUCUUGAAAGAGACACAUCAGAAGCGCAGACAUGAAUCUGGGCACCGGCUCGUUCUCUUUCCUGCUCCAUCUAUAAUGACCAAAGCCUUCGCUCUCUUCUCCGCAGAAGGGCAUGGCUCUGCAGGAGGAGGACACCCGCCGCCACUACCCGACCGCUCCUCCGUUCUCGCCCGACGGCCUCUACUGCGAGGACGAGACCUUCGGUGAAGAUCUGGCCGACAAUGCCUGCGAAUACGCCGGCGGGGGAGCCCGGGAUGGCCUCCGCGAGAUAAAGGACCCAACUUUGCCUCCGUCGUUGCUCGGGCAGGACUUGUUUUGGGAAGAUGGCGAGCUCGCCUCCCUGGUUUCGAGAGAGACCGGGACGCAUCCCUGCUGGGACGAGCUAAUCUCUGAUGGGUCGGUGGCGCUUGCUCGGAAGGAUGCGGUUGGGUGGAUUUUGAGGGUCCAUGGGCAUUACGGGUUCCGUCCGUUGACUGCUAUGUUGGCCGUGAACUACUUGGACAGGUUCUUUUUGAGCCGGAGUUACCAGAGGGACAGGCCUUGGAUAAGCCAGCUCGUAGCUGUGGCUUGUCUCUCCGUUGCUGCCAAAGUGGAGGAAACCCAAGUGCCUAUUCUCCUUGACCUGCAAGUGGCUAAUGCGAAAUUUGUGUUUGAAUCGAGGACGAUUCAGAGAAUGGAGCUCUUGCUGAUGUCUACACUUGAUUGGAGAAUGAACUCGGUGACUCCGAUUUCGUUCUUUGAUCACAUCCUUAGGAGGUUUGGCUUGACGACUAAUUUGCACAGGCAGUUUUUCUGGAUGUGCGAGCGUUUACUUCUCGCUCUGGUUGCAGAUGUGAGGCUUGCAAGUUUUCUUCCGUCAGUUGUUGCCACGGCUGCAAUGUUGUAUGUUAACAAGGAGAUAGAACCGUGUAUAUGCAGUGAAUUCCUGGACCAGUUACUGAGCCUUCUCAAGAUCAAUGAGGACCGAGUAAAUGAGUGCUAUGAACUCAUUCUUGAAUUGUCAAUUGACCAUCCUGAGAUCCUCAACUACAAGCACAAGCGUAAGAGGGGAUCAGUACCCAGUAGCCCCAGUGGUGUGAUUGAUGCUUCUUUCAGCUGUGACAGUUCAAAUGAUUCGUGGGGUGUGGCAUCGUCUGUUUCUUCUUCACCGGAGCCUCGGUUCAAGAGGAGCAGAUUCCAGGAUCAACAGAUGGGCCUGCCAUCUGUGAAUGUUUCAUCCAUGGGUGUGCUUAAUAGUUCUUAUUAGUCUUAGCUUAUUAUCUUUGAUUGGACAUGCUAUAAAGCAGUCUUUCCCCUGCUUCUAUCUUGCGGCAUCUAAUCUUGUGGACUAUCAUCUAAUUGUUUGGAUUUUGAUUGCCUCACCUUCUUCGAUAGAUAUGCAAUGCAUAAUGAUAAGCUGAAAAAGGGUGGACUUGGAAUUUCCUCCUUGAUUCAAGACAGGGUUAUUGAGACUCUUUUGAAAGAGAGGUGAGAAGUGAUGGUAGUUCUUGCUUUGCAAAAGCACAUGUUUACCCUAAUAUAUCUUUUUCAAUUAAUUUGGUUGUCA